AUGUCUAACUCAAAUGAACAUGUUAAAGCCAAUGUUGAUAAUAACUUGGCAACUCAAAAUGAUUUAGAUAUCACUAAAAAACAAACUGUUAAAUUAGAAAUUAUGAGUUUGAAUGAAGAAUAUAAAUCGUUCAAGAAAAAUAUCAAAAAUCGCAGGCAUUUAUGUGCUGCGCAUAUUAUAUUGGCAUUAAUCGCUGUUUUUCUUGGUCAAUUAUUGACGUGGGCAGAAAAAACCAAGAUGACUGGAAGUAUUGGUCCCCUUAUUUCGUCUAUAAUAGUUGUUACGGGUAGUAUCAUAACUAUUGUUACUACUCUUUUAAAUAGAUUUUCAAAUAAAGAGCUUGAAAAAGGUUAUUCAACCCAAGUCACUGAUAAAGUAUUUAGGCCGAUGUAUAUACAUAUCCCUGAUGAAAUUCUGCUUAAAAUACAUCAACACUUAAAAAAAUUAGAAAUGGAAUCAAAAAAAGAUCCUUAUAUAUAUUACAAAAAAUAUUUAUACAGAAAAAAUGUUUGUCUAUCAAGAGAAAAAGUUACUGGUGUUGAUCGAGGGUUGAGACAUAGUUUAAUGAUACUUGGAGAAAUUUGGAUUGGUUUUAAUAUUCUUUCUACUUCUUUUGAUUUGUUAGACUUUAUUAAAACUCGGGAGCUUUAUGAAAAUAAUUUCUAUGUUCAAAGAUUUGAAAGAAUUUUGGGAUAUUUGCUUUUUUUAAUUAAUAUUCCUUUAAUUCCUUAUCAUUUAUUUGUUGGAAGAAUUAGAUUUGAAGGACUAAACCCUAGAUUUAAACUUUUAAAACUACCUCUAUGUGACGAAGAAAAUCUUAAAAAUCUUUUAAAUGGAAAUUUCGAAGAUAUAGCGAAUAUUGAAAUCUCUAAAGAUAAGGAUCCAGAAAAUUUCCCGACAGAACAAUACCAACAA